GUGGCCCCCCAGCUCUGACAACCGCAUUUUGGACUCGGACAAUCCGAAAAGCAACUUCCUGAGUUCGCGCGACCAACACAAUUACCACCACCACCACCACCCACCGGCCCGGCACCAUGGCGUCGACCGGGGACGACCAAUACCAUCCCAAAGAUGCCAUUCACUCCGGACUCUACGGCACCGUGACGUACGGCGGUGUCGGUCUGCUGUUUGCCGCGGUGAGGAACUCGCUCGCAAAGAAGAACGUCGGCCCGUGGACCACCUUCACCAGGAACACCAGCAUCAUUGCCACCUUUGCUGCCGCCGGCGGCGUCUUCGAGUUCGCCCGCGAUGCCUCGGCCAAUCUGCGCGAAACCGAGGACCACUGGAACCACGGCAUCGGCGGCUUCCUCGCCGGCGCGGUCGUCGGUCUUAGGACCAAUAGCAUCCCUCGCAUCGUCGGCUGCGGCCUCCUCACUUCCGUCGUCCUCGCUACAUACGAGUACACCGGUGCUUCGCUGAGAGGGUACCUGAAAAGCCCCGAGGUGGAUGAGUACGAGCGGAAAGAGAUGCUGCGCAAGAACAGGAGGCGACCGAUCGAGGAGACGCUGGCCGAGAUUGGAGAGGGCCGAGGUAUCCGGCCGCCGGGCUAUGAGGAGCGCAGGCGAGCGAGGCUCAAGGAGAAGUACGGGAUCGACAUCAAUCCUGUCUGCGCCGACCCCGACGUGGCCUGAGGGAUCCCUCGAGCCUGGCCCGCUGCAGGCUAUGUACACAUAGCAGAGGACAGAUUGGCUAGCCGCUCUAGAAAAUGGAAAGGCUGUACUACCAUCACGCUAUGGUGCUUCUUAUCACCAGACCGAUUGCUGCAUGGCCAUAGCUGGGUC